AGCAUUUCCUCUGCAUUCUUUUUGACCUUAAUGUUGGAGAAAUUAAGACAACAAGAUGGUUUCUCAGGGGAUUCAGAUCACUGGUAUAACAAUGGCUAUAGUUGGCUGGCUCUUGGAGAUCACAGCAUGCGGCUUACCCAUGUGGAAGGUCAGUGCUUUUAUUGGUGCCAACAUCGUCACAGCUCAAACCUUCUGGAAGGGCUUGUGGAUGGACUGUGUGGUGCAAAGUACAGGCCAGAUGCAGUGCAAGGUGUAUGACUCGAUGCUGGCUUUGGAAUCUGACCUACAGGCUGCUCGUGCCAUGAUUAUCAUCGCGAUCCUUGUUGGAGUCUUUGGACUGAUCUUGUCAGUUGCUGGUGGAAAAUGCACUAACUGCAUCAAAGAGGAGCGAUCCAAAGCAAAAGUCUGCAUCUGUUCUGGGGUUCUGUUCAUCAUCUCGGGAUUUCUCUGUCUCAUUCCAGUCUGUUGGUCUGCCAACGCCGUCAUCACCAAUUUCUAUAACCCAAUGAUGAUGAAUUUCCAGAAAUAUGAGCUGGGAUCUGCACUGUAUAUUGGCUGGGCCGCUACUGGGUUGCUCUUAAUGGGAGGGGGGCUCCUGUGCUGGAACUGCCCACCUAAAUCUGAGCGCCGCCACUAUGUGCCCAAAUAUGCACCUGGAAAGUCAGUCUCCACAUCAAGAGAAUAUGUUUAAGGUGGUAUUCCAUUUCCACAUGGACUCUCAAGGUCACAGAAAUAGCAAAGGUAGCAAACUGGAGAUUGCUUUAAAACUAAGAUAUAAAUUAUCCACAUAUUUGAGAUAAUGUAAAUAUGGCUUAAAACUACUGCUUGUUGAACGAUGAGGUUUGGUCAUGCUUUGUGUGGUUGUCAAGGUGAUCUUUUCCACAUCGGAUGUUUUGUUUGGCCAAACAUGUGAAGCUUAUAUCAUAAACAAUGGCUGCAUUCCAUUUGGAGGUACCGGCAGGGCUUUGCGACUGAGUCAUUUGAUUCAUUGUCACAUCUGCAUGAAAUGAAAUGUUAUUAUUGUUACCACUGUACUAUUCCUUAUGUGAUUUCUCAAAAGGAUUGGUGUAAAAUACUUUCCUUAAACACCAAAGUAUUCUGUGAAAGGGGCUUUUGUAAUGUCUAAUUUAUAAUGGAAUGUAGCUGUGUUCAGAAUUUCUGUUAUUUGUAGCAUCAUUAUGAUCGGUGUAAAUUUUAAGUCAGUUUUCUGUCAAUGACAAAUUGAUUAAUAUUUAUAUCUUCUCUCACAUAUUACCUAAACAACCAGCAGCACAUAUAUAACUGCUACUCAAGAAAUGUGUCUUUAAAAUUGUUUUCUUUUGCAAAACACUCUUUCUUGCCUUUGAUGUAUUUUCCUGAAAAUAGAGAAUUCUCUCCAUUUUUCUGUUGGUGAUCACUUGUAACA